AGCUUCUCUUCUGAUAAAAUAUUCCCUUGUUGUUAAUGAACUACGGAUGCUCAUUGCUCAUUCUCUCACCCUCGUCUGCUAUAAAUAGAGGGCAUUCAGUGUAACAUUUUAUUCAUCACUUGUUUUCAUAAAAAAGAGUGUUAUAACAUAAGCAUUUGAAUACAAUGGCUUCCAAGACUUUGUUUCUGUUGGGUCUCUUUGCAUUUCUUCUCGUCGUCUCAGUGGUCGCAGCAUCUGAAAGCCAGCCGGGCACUGUUAAGUCGGAGAGUGGGCAAACCGUGCAACCUGAUCAGUAUAAUGGGGGACACGGCGGCCAUGGAGGCUACAACGGAGGAGGACACGGGGGAUACAACGGAGGAGGACAUGGGGGAUACAACGGAGGCCGUGGGGGAUACAACGGAGGCCGUGGGGGAGGAGGUUAUUGCCGCCACGGUUGCUGCUACAGAAAUUACCGUGGGUGCGUACGGUGCUGUUCUUAUGCCGGAGAAGCUGUUCAGACACAGCCCGGUCACUAAAACUAUAUAAUGUAUUCACCAGUAUGCAUGGUUUGCGUCUAUAUAUACACUUAUUUGUGUGUGUGUGUGAGUAGUAAACGGUGAUACGUUUGAAACAAAGUAAGAAGAAAAUCUAUGGAAUAAAAGUUUAUGAUGUUAUGUUUCUGUGUUUUGAGUUGUAAUCUUCGCUGUUUGGAUUUAAAAUCGUUUCUAGUUUAUGUUUU